UUUCAGGAGAAUAAACUAUGUUGAAUUCAAAACAUUUCAGAUAAAUGAUAUUUUAUAGGAUUAAAUCAUAUCUAAAGCUUAAAAAGCAAUUAAAAGUAGAUUUCAGUUACUUAACAUGGCUAUAAUCCUAGUUACAGCCUUGCUAAUGCGCUUUUAUAAUAACCGGGCUGUUCAUAACCACUAUUAUUUCCUACACUUUCCGGACGCCACCUGAAGGCAGCACGGAGCCAGCAUCCAGCACAUCGCAGUGACGUCCUGUGCGGAUGCGGACGACAGAUGCCCUUACAGUCUCCACCGCAAGCUUCUUUCUGUUUUCUUCUUAUGUAAAAAAAAAAAAAAAAAGGGGGGGAGGAGAGGCGUUUUAAAGCCUGGAAGAGUCACCAGCGAGGAUGCAGAAGAGCUCAGUGGUCGUGGUGGCGGAUAAAACGAGCCUGAAAAGGCCGUUUAUUUUCGCUAACGCUGUACAUAUGGCUUUGUGUUUCUUCAUGUUGAGGAUGACUGUUAUUUGGCAUAGGGACCUCAUACAAACUGGCAAGAUGGUUCCCAGUAUUUCUGUAGCAAUGAUGUAUGUGAUCGAGGUUGGCUGCCUGCUGCUGUCUGUGCUCGGUGUGUUUGGGGCCUGCAAAGGGAAGAGAUGGUGUUUGAUUCUGUACGCAGCCGGGAUGGCGGCGGCCAGUCAAACAAUAAUUAUCCGAACGGCACUGAGUUACCAAGAUGUUUAUGAGAAACGUGUUGUCCGUGAGGAGGCCAAGCUGCUGGCCAUGAUGCCGCUCACGGCGCCGAACAAAGCCAACAGGACGUUGCUACAUAACAUCCAAGAGGAAUUGGAAUGCUGCGGUCUCAUUGAAGGGUACAAGGACUGGGGUGCAUCCAUCCCCGCCUCCUGCAACUGUCACUAUCCAGGAAAAUGUGUUCGACUACGGGGCAGCGCCACCAUCGGGGCGCCGAAGAACCAGUAUGUUUAUCGAGAGCCUUGCCUACCGAUUUAUCUCUCUGAAUUGAAGUUGGCCUUCUCCUUGGUGAUGGCUAUACAGUUCGGGAGCGGAGUAUUCUGGAUCAUCCUACUCGCCAUGAGCAUCAAACUGAUGGGACAGAUCAAGAGGAAACAGGAGUUUAUAGCUCUCCUCCAGUCCAACAGAUAUGUUCCCGGUGCUUUCUAGCGCAGCAGUGCGUUUUAAAACACACACUUACCAACUCCUACAAGCAUACAUGGUUUGAAUUGGCACAUGGAGCUGCAUACCAUAACCAGGCUAUAAUGUGCUGUAGCAAUAUAUGUUAUGAUUUUAUACAUGUUACUGCAUGUAACUGAUGUUUGAAAGUGAUCUACAUGGUUAGAUUAAUAUUAUAAUAUUACUGUUUGAAGCCUUACUGCUGUAAAACAAAGCAAUUUUACUUGUAUUUACAUGAUAUUCACACUUUUACAUGCUUCCAUCAUAUAGAAGAUUGUGCUUUCAAAGAAUAUUUUGUCAAGUAAGUUGUUUUUCUGGUGCUUUUUUUUCCCUCCAUGGGACAUGUAAGGAUGUCCCUUAAUAUUUUUUUAAGUUCAAAAUAACUACCCUUUUUUUUUUAUUACUUCAUGUGUUCAAAAAUGGUUUGAAAUUUCGCUAGUCUAUUGAUUAUUUUCUCAUUUUCUGUAUUCCAACCUUCCGAGAUUAAUUCAGUGUUUCUAACGUGUUCAGUAGCGCAGUAGGCACUGCUCGUUAUAAAAACUGGGAUUCAAAACUGUAAAAGUAGGACUGCGGCUUUCUGCGCUCUCCUGACUUAAAAUGAUGUUUGGUUUGGUGAAGAAAAGUGUAUUUUAAAUGUACUUAGCUGCUUGAAAACCCUUUGGAAAUCCUGUAAUCUGUUGAUUCAUAAACUCUACAGCUCUAAAACGUGAUCAUAAGUGCUCUCUAAGGAGAACCUUUCUUCAAAGCCGUUAUGCUAUAGGUAGAUAUGCCAAACAGGAAGUGAGGUUAAGGUGUUAAUCAAGCACAAACAUGCCCUGUAUUAUUUGCUUCAUGUGACUCUGAAGAAAGUCACAACUUUGUUUAAGUCCAAUUUCUUAAAAACAUGUUUUUUUUUUAAUCAAUAUGUAUCAACAUUCUGGAAAAAUGUGGAAAAGUAUAGCAGGAUUUUCCUAGUUAGAGAAAGCAUUGAAUUAGAAACCAGAACGGAGAAACGCAUUUUGAGGCUCCCCCACCUACAAUCUUUGUCCAUUCAUAUGUUCGUCCAGCCAAACCUCAGUCUGUCAUCCCCAGGGCAUGAUAAUGCUAUCCAUCCAUCUACUCAUCCAUUAUCUAAUUACUUAUCUGUUUGUGUUGUUGCCUCCUCCUUCUCUUCCUUAUAAUCCUUUUUUUUUUUUUUUUUUUUGCAGGUUAGGUUUUUAGGAUUUGCCUGACCCCUGUUUAAAUAUUUUUCAUAUAUUCAGCGAACUGGGCUAAAAAGGAAGGACAUUUGGGCUGGAAAAAUAUAGAUUUUUGCCAUGAAAAAUGUGUAUGUAUAUACUUACUAUAUAAUAUAUUAUCUCAAUCCAGUUGAUUCAAAGGCUAUCUAGCAUUUUGUCGAAAACACUGCAGUAUUUUUUUCCCCACAAAAAGGUUCUUGGUAAGCUUAAGAACUGUUACGUCUACUGACAUUUGUAUACCUCCGUCCCCUUUGUCAUGUUCGUGCAAGAAAAGCCCUCUAGAGGGCACUGCAGAAACAUUAGAACGAAAAAGAUGCUUUACUGAAAAUGGCAGAUUUCCUUUACUAAAAUUAAAACGACAGCAAAACUCUAAUUUAAUUAUUCAUCUAUGUUGUCAGGGUUUGUCAACAGAAAUCUGUAAAUAAGUUGUUUAGGCUUUCCAAAAAAAAAAAAAAAAA